GGAUGUAUUGGAACUGUAGUUAACCAAGGACCAGUGGAAAUGGCAACAACAUUUCUGGGAAAUGAAAAAAAUCAACCAUUAAAAUCAUUACUUCCCGAUAAGAAUAAUUUGUCGACAGCAUUAAAUCCCACUGCUUAUGAAGAUAUACAAAAUCGUCUGAGAAUAACUUUUCAACAAUUUCUUAUUAAAUCAUAUGAAGCUCUCCGUCUUAAUGAAUCUUUAAUCGGUUCUGAUCAAACAGAAUAUCAUAAAGAAUUAGAAAAAAAUUUCAUCAACGUUAAACGACUAUUGGAUCCUUUGAUUGUGAUACCCAAAUCUUCAAUGACCAAUGGUUUUACAGGGAUGAAACACAGUGAAUAUAGCAACAGCAAUCGCCUGUUAUUCUUGUGUGUCAAUGAACAGAAGUAA